GUUUGUUAUUAAAUCCACUUUUCUUUAAAUAUAAAUUGCGUAAAUUUGGUUUAACUUUCAGUAGAAAUACGUUUUCUUGAUCUUUCGAAUGACGAUUUAAGUUUAAUUUUCAGUAGAAAUAAUGUUCUUGAUCCUUCGAAUGACAAAUAAAAAGAAAUAUUACGAUUAAUAAAAGUGGAUAACUGAUUUAAGAGUUAGAGGAAAAUAAUCUCUUUUUUGUGCGCUAAUUCCGUUGUAAUUGUCAGACAUGGGAGAAAAUAAUAAUUUGUUGUUACAACAAGAGAUUAAUCAGAAUAUGGCGGUAGCCGCUCAGCAACCGUUUGCUAUGUCCAAUGAGGAACAAGCAUUCAACAUACAGCAACAAUCGCGAGGGGUAUUUAACCGCAGCAACAGAAAAAGAACUGGUCAGGAGAAGAAAGACCAGCAGAGAGAUACACAGGAAUGGGUUAACAAAACAAAUAGUGACAACAUCUUACAUAUUGAGAAUAUGGAAAAAUCUAGACUGGCACAGGACUGGGUUAACAAUGUAAGCCAAGAAGUUUUAAGCACCACCCAGAGAAACAACAAAGCGAGUUCAGAGAGUAUUGACACUAUUCGUGAAAAUAUCAAGAAUAGUCGGGAAUCACUGAAGAAGAGAAGCUGUGAAAGUCUGACAAUUGAACAUGUUUCUUUACAAAAUAGAGGUGCAAAUAUUGGACCUAACGGACAGAAAAACGACAAAGCAAUAGAAGACAGUCAAUGCAGUAAUAGUGUAAAUGGAGGGUCACACAGAAAUAGUAAAAAUAACUUAGCAGUUAAUGGUACAGAUGAAGAAAAAACUAAAAACAUGAAUGAUAAAAUCUUGGAAGAUAAUAGUAAAGACAAUUUCAAUAACCAAAUGGACGAAGUGAAUAAAAAUAAAGUCAAUGGCAACGCACAAGUAGAAAAUAACAAAACUGUAGACAACGCCAAAACGAAGACAGAAUAUACUCCUGAUAUGGCAAAAAGUAGACGGACGUGUGUGGAUAGUACUGACUCUUUAAACGAGAGCACAUAUGACCUUUCUCGUUCCUAUAGAUCAUUAUCAAUGAAAGACCCACAUACAGCAGCGAUAGAUUUAUCCAACAACUGCAGACAAUUUUAUUUCAAUCAUCAAAAAGCUGCUGAAGCCAUAAAACAAUCUGUUCGAUCAGCAAAGCACACUCGUGCCAUUGAGAAAAUGGAAGGCAAACCUAGCUCUCGUAUUGACAAUGCAAUGGACAGGCUACGAUCUGAAAUGGCUGACCUGAUGGACCAGGAUUUGUCGCUGAUGUCACAGCUGUUGAAGCUGAACGACAAGAUAGAGGAAGUGAAGACACACGUGGCAUAUAGGCAACAGCAACAGUCAUUCAACAGUCAGAGCUCGUGCUACCUUAGCGGCAGCGAAAUGUCCGAUUCAGAAUUUGAAGACAAUGAUGACAGUAGACUAGAUCUGUCACAGUCUGUAAGAGAUUUCAAAAUACAAGCUGUGGAAUCACUACCGGAACCGAAACCUGAGAAAGAGAUCGUUUUACGUAGAAUGGCGCCUGCAGACAGCAGAAUAAUUGUCUACAAGAAGAAAAAGACGCGAACAGGUAAACGUAGAGCAAGGAAGAGCCAGUCUAGACCGGAAACGGAAGACGAUUCGACCGACGGAAGUCAAGAAAGUGACCAGUGUGAAAGCGAUUCGAUGUCAGACACUGAAAGUACCUUGAGCCAGAGUUCAACAAUUUAUGGUUCUGAUCACAGUGGUGACAAUGCUGAUCAGACCUCGGACACUGUUGAUAGUGGAAUACAAAGUCCAAAACAGCCUGAAGAGCCACCAAAACCGAAGAAAGGUGGAAUUUCACAAAACAGACGGUUUUUAAAUUUUCACAAGAAAAAUGGAAAUUUCUCUAAAUCUGUUUUAACUGGUUUAAAUGUUUUGACUAUGCAAGGACACAACGUUCCAUUAGACAAAUAUUUUGUUCCACAGGGGUUGGUGUAUCUGAAGCAAGAGAAAAGUGAAAACGUAUUUUGUCAGUUUACAAAAUAAUAUACAUGUAAAUUUCAUUUAUGCAUUUGUUAAUGUAAAUUAUGCAAAACAAACUUUAAUGAAUAAAAGUAAAAACAUA